ACACUUAAGACUCCUAUAUACAUAAUAUUCUUUCUUCAUCUGCAAGCUUCAUUGAUGUGGGUGUCUACUGAAACUGAUCAAACUUCAAAGGGACUGUCUUUUUGUCAUUUCUUUUACUGGGUCGAAUUUUUUUGUGUUUUUAUUAUUAUUUUUUUUCUGGGUUGAAAUUGGUUGGAAUUUUCAAGUAGUAAAGGGAUUGAUGCAUCUUUGCUUUAGUUCCUAUGAGGGUUUGCUUGUGUUGCUUUAUACUACUAUGUUUGUUUGAUUAAUUUGAUUAUGAGCAUUAUUAUUCUUUGGGUUAGUUCUUUUGCUGCAUCUCUUUCUCUAGUUCUUUUGCUUGGCCUACUAGAUAAUCUAUGAGUUCUUUAAUUUUUUCUGCUUAUUUUCAAACUGCUACUUAGUUAAAAAAUGAACUUUCUUCUUAUAAUAAUGGGUCAUAUUAUCAAUUAAGAGCCAAAGCCACUGUACUUCCACUUGUUUUUCUUUGGAGAAUAACAUGGUGAUUAAACAAUUCACCAGUCGCAUUGAAGGGUAGGGACCUGGAGCAUUUUAAUUUGCUAAACAGUAGAUCAAAACCCUCACAAGCAUGUGGCCUUAUCAUAAUUGUUGGGAAGAGUGAGAUUCAUAUGGCCUAGUCUCGACAAAUUGUCACAAAUGUAGGAAUAGACAGAGGUUUAGGACUGAAGAGUGAAUCUAUACAUAAAGGGGCUAAUGAUUUGUUUGGACUUAUUGUCAAGCUCAGAUUUAUAAUCCUACCAUUAGUUAAUUCGACAAUCUAGUCCAAGAUUUAACCAUUCUUGCUUAGGGAUUACUAGAAUUUGUGAGUUACUAGAUUUGCUUUUGAUCUAUGAUCCUACCUAUAGUUAGUUUAACAAUCUUGUCCGAGAUUUCACACUCUUAUGCAGAGUUUGAUUAGAAUUUUUGAAGUAGUGGAUUUUCUUUUGAAAGUGAGAAUCACAUUCUUUUAAGUGUUUAGUGGCAGUAGAAGUACAUACAAAAUCUUAGUGGUUGCUUCGUAUUUAAAUUUGUGAUUCUUUAUUUGAUUGUGUGACAAGACCACAUGGCGAUGUAGUAAAAAUGAGAGGACUAAUUGGUGAGGUAGCAGCGUUUAUGUAACAAGUAGGUGAUGCACAAAAAUUAAGAGAUAGAUUAAGAUUGGAAAUCAAUUUUUCAGGAAGACUAAGAGUGAUGGAUCUUAUAAUGAUAGUUACAUUCUUAGACAAUCCUUGCUUUCUCUAACUGCAUCUGGUUAUAGAUUGAGAUUCCUUCAAAAUAUGACUUUUUGGAUGCUCAUAGAAAUGUUUAAUGUCUGGUCUGGAAGUAUCCAUACUAUGGACUUGAUUUCGGGUAAUAAUUGUCUUUUGCAUGUAUAUGGUAAACUUGAUUUUCUUGCCUUUCUUGCAUUGAUAGAGACUUUUUUGGUUAUUUAUUUAUUUAUUUUCUAGUUUUGUGAACUUUCACUAAGUUAUGCAAUUUUACUUCUAGAAUAAUUGGGGUUUAAACACUUUCAAAACCUUUAUCAUUCAUACUAAUUAUUGCAAUACGGACUUACCAUCUCCAUAUAUUUUUAUGACAUACACCCACCACAACGAUGGGUACUGCUCCAGCAUAAAUGGAGGCAGUGUUGUUUUACUAUUGUACUUAUGGACUGACAUUUGAGAAGUGGGAGUUCAGUGCCAAGAAAUUAAUUUUAUUCAAAAUAGUGUAGAUUUGCAACAUUCAGUAAGGUAUUUAUUUUAUUAUUAAUUUCUAUGAAAGAAGGGAUAAAUUCUUUACUGUCUUGAUAGAAAGACUAAGCAGUUUUUUUCUAGUUUAUGAUAUAUUGUGCACAUACAAAAGAAGGGAUAAAUUCUUUACUGUCUUGAUAGAAAGACUAAGCAGUUUUUUUCUGGUUUAUGAUAGAUUGUGCACAUGCAAAGUAACAUGUAAUAUAUUUUUGUUGAUGACUUGUGGCAGAAAAGAGUUCUUGUAAAAUUAAUUGGAUUGGAUGGGUAAGACAAUUCAGUUGAAUGGAUGCCAUUCGGUUGUGACUGUAAUGGCAGUGAAGGAGUUUGUGGAGCAAUAUACAGGUGAAGGAACUGUAUAUGCUAUUAAGAUUAGGCAAUGCGGAGGUGUGCUUCCAGGGGCAUGUGCUAUCAUUCAAUUCAACACCAGCAGAUGUGCUGAAUUAAUUAUCUCCUUAGCUCAGUGGUUAUGGUAUGGGACAUCGGCUCAGGAAAUGAAGCGUGAUAUUGUACCAAAGCCAAGAACUUUUCUGCGUGGCAUGUUAAAACUGCAUCUUGGUUGUCAGAUCUCAAAUGAAAAAUUUGUAACUUUAUGGAAUGCGGUGAAUGUUUCAGUGAAUUUUGGGAUUGGAUUACGGAAAUUACAAUUUUUUCUUUCCCACAAUUAUGUGGAAUACAGACUCGAUCUUUACUAUGAGAAUAUUUGGCAGAUUGAGUUACAUCGUUCACGUAGUCAAGACACUAAGCAUCUUUUGAUUCAGUUAUUUGGCGCUCCUCGGAUUUAUGAGAAGGCUGUGCUCACCUCAGGAAAUGCAGUUGAAGAUCCUAAUCUCAAUUAUAUCAUGCAUGUUUUUGAUGGCCAAUGGAUUCGUACAACUGAUUUCACUCCAUCAUGCUAUAUUGGGCAAUCUUCUGCUUUGUGUUUGGAGCUUCCUUCUGAUCACCAGCUUCCAAAUUUUCUGGAGAACUUUGGUUAUUACAAAGAAAUUGAAGAAAGAUAUAUUUUGGAAACUGGGUCUAGUUUUUCUUCCAAUAUGGAUUUGGUGCCUAUUGUUGGCCCUCCGCCUGGGAUUACUUUACCAUACGAUAUCUUGUUUAAAAUUAACUCGUUGGUUCAAAAUGGCUGUCUUGCAGGACCAACACUUGAUGCUAGUUUUUAUUGCUUGGUUGAUCCAAGAAAAAUGAAUAUUGCCUUUAUAGAAUAUGCCCUGGAGAAACUUUAUCAUUUAAAAGAAUGUUGUCAUGAGCCUUCGAGGUGGCUUAGUGAGCAGUAUAGAAAGUACAUCACAACACGACAUCCUCCAAGGUCACCUGUUAUAUCGUUAGACUCUGGGUUGGUGUAUGUACGUAGGGUUCAAAUAACACCUUCUAAAGUUUACUUUUGUGGUCCAGAAAUUAAUGUGUCAAAUCGUGUCUUGCGCAAUUUUCAUGAAGAUAUUGAUAAUUUUCUUUGUGUCUCCUUUGUUGAUGAGGAACUGGAUAAACUGUAUUCAACAGAUUUAUCUCGACGUGCAUCUUCUGGUAAUGAGGAUAGGAGAACUGGAAUCUACAAAAGAAUUCUAUCUAUUCUUAGAAAUGGCAUAAUUAUUGGUGAUAAAAAGUUUGAAUUUCUUGCAUUCUCAUCAAGUCAAUUACGAGAAAAUUCCAUGUGGAUGUUUGCUUCAAGAAAUGGAUGUAAUGCUGAUGAUAUCAGAGAGUGGAUGGGCAUUUUUUGUCAGAUUAGAAAUGUGGCGAAAUAUGCUGCCAGAUUGGGUCAAUCCUUCAGUUCAUCCACAGAAACUCUUAGUGUUGAUAAGCAUGAAAUUGAAAUUAUUCCUGACGUAGAGGUUGUUCAGGAUGGGGUCAAGUAUGUCUUCUCUGAUGGAAUUGGGAAAAUAUCUUCUGAAUUUGCUAAAAAUGUAGCUUUAAAAUGCAGUUGUAAAGGACACACUCCAUCUGCCUUUCAGAUUCGAUACGGUGGGUACAAAGGUGUUGUCGCAGUUGAUCCAACCUCAUCUGUGAAAUUAUCAUUAAGGAAGAGCAUGUCUAAGUAUGAAUCAGAAAACACAAAACUAGAUGUUUUGGCACAUACCAAGUUUCAGCCUUGUUAUCUGAAUCGCCAAUUGAUCACCCUUUUGUCUACCCUUGGAGUUGAGGAUUAUGUUUUUGAGAAAAAACAAAAAGAAGCUGUAGAACAACUUGAUGCUAUAUUAAUAGAUCCGUUAAGGGCACAGGAGGCUUUGGAUUUGAUGUCCCCAGGAGAGAAUGCCAAUGUUCUAAAGGAAAUGCUCAUGUGUGGUUAUAGGCCUGAUUCUGAACCAUUUCUUUCUAUGAUGCUGCAGACAUUCCAGGCAUCAAAGUUGUUGGAAUUGCAGACUAAAACAAGGAUAUUUAUUCCAGAUGGAAGGGCAAUGAUGGGAUGUCUAGAUGAAACUAGAACUUUGGAAUAUGGUCAGGUAUUUGUGCAAUUUUCUAGUAAUAAGCUUAGGCAGCUACACAAUGAUUUCAGCAUGUGUAGCGGCAGUGGAUCAGAUCAGCGAUUUGUUCUUGAGGGGAAGAUAGUAGUUGCAAAAAACCCCUGCUUGCACCCUGGCGAUGUGCGUGUUUUGGAGGCCGUUAAUGUGUUAGCUUUGCACCAUAUGGUGGACUGUGUUGUUUUUCCCCAAAAAGGAUUUAGGCCUCAUCCAAAUGAGUGUUCGGGUGGUGACUUGGAUGGAGAUAUAUACUUCGUCUGUUGGGAUCCUGAACUCCUUCCACCUCAGCAAAUUCAGCCAAUGGAUUACUCUCUAGCACAAAGUUUGCAGUUGGAUCAUGACGUUACCAUUGAGGAAGUCCAGGAGUAUUUUACGAAUUACAUUGUCAAUGACAGCUUAGGAAUUAUUGCCAAUGCUCACACAGCAUUUGCAGAUAAAGAGCCUACAAAAGCAAUGAGUAAUCCCUGCAUAGAGCUUGCAAAGCUAUUUUCAAUUGCCGUUGACUUUCCGAAAACUGGUGUACCAGCUGAAAUACCGCAUGAACUUCAUGUCAAAGAAUAUCCAGAUUUCAUGGAGAAGCCUGACAAACCCACCUAUAUAUCAGACAAUGUGAUUGGAAAGCUUUUCCGGGAGGUGAAAGACAUUACACCAAAUUCUAGUUAUUUUAAGUCCACUGCUGAAGUUGCAAUGCAGUCGUAUGACUCUGAUAUGGAAGUUGAUGGCUUUGAGGAUUUCAUUGAUGAUGCUGUUUAUUACAAGGGAAAUUAUGAUUACAAGUUGGGAAACAUGAUGGACUAUUAUGGCAUCAAAACUGAGGCUGAAAUACUGAGUGGGAAUAUCAUUAGAAUGGGCAAGUCUUUCACCAAGAGAAGAGAUGCAGAAGCAAUUGCUAUGGCUGUAAAGUCCUUGAGAAAGGAAGCUAGGGCCUGGUUCAAUGAGAAGGGAAGUGAUUUAGAUUCUGAAGCUGAAGAUGUAUAUGCAAAAGCUUCAGCUUGGUACCAUGUCACAUAUCAUUAUAGUUAUUGGGGUACCUACAAUGAGAGUAUGGAUCGAGAUCAUUUCCUUAGCUUUCCAUGGUGCGUUUAUGACAAGCUGGUCCACAUUAAGAAGGAAAAAGCGAGAAAAAGGAUGGUUCUGUCUUCUCUGGAACUCAGUUCAGCCGUGGAUUGCGUUUGAGUUGAGAAGUUUGCAUUUGUUGUCCCCUCUUGAACUUUUGAUGAUCUCUAUAGCUUAACUUUUCCUUCUUCUCAUGUGUGCGUUAUAAUGUAAUGAGGAAGUGCAGAAUUUAACUUUGGUACAUGAUGUUUGCUUCUUUUAGUGGUGUAUAAUAUUAUGUCAGUUUAGUAAGA